AACUCCUUCAUCCGCAUUUAUGCGGGACUCACGGGGACAAAGUUCAUGUGCAGAGAAGGCGGUUGUGGCUGCUGCACGGUGAUUUUGAGGCGAUAUAACCCAUUGAAUAGAAAGGAAUGGAUAGAAUCAGUGAACUCUUGCCUGGUGUCCGUUUUCUCGUGUCACGGAAUGGAAGUCGUGACGAUCGAAGGAAUUGGCGGGAAAGCGAGUGGUUUCCAUGCGAUCCAGGCGCGUCUGGCCAGGAUGAAUGGCACUCAGUGCGGAUUCUGCUCGCCCGGAAUGGUCAUGAGCAUGCUUGGCCUGAUCGAGAGCCACAAAGGACGCGUGUCGAUGGCAGAAGUCGAGAACAGCCUCGGAGGAAACAUCUGCAGAUGCACUGGAUACCGACCAAUCCUGGACGCCUUCAAAUCCCUGGCCGAUGACGCCGAUCCCACUCUUCCUUCCUGCCCAGACAUUGAAGAUCUCCCGAUGAGAUGCGUUUUCGCUGGAGAGCCGCCCUCUAAGUUCGACUAUGAUUUCGUGCGCUUCGGGCUCGAGAACGGCCGAGAGUGGUUCAGAGUGACGAGUGUGGAGCACGUGCUGAAGAUAUUCGAGAAGUCGCACAAUCGUCCUUACAUGCUCGUGGCGGGAAACACUGGCCACGGCGUCUUCCGCCGCAGGGAAGAUCUCGAGAUCUUCAUUGACGUGAGUGGCGUCGAGGAAAUGAGGAUCAUGACUUUGGGAGACACUCUGGAAGUGGGCGCCGCCGUGACUCUGUCGGAAUUCAUGGGAUUCCUGUCCGAGGCUUCAGAGGCGAAGCGGGAAUUCUCGUACUGCCGGCAACUCGUGCGUCAUCUCGAUCUUGUGGCUCAUCCGGCGGUGAGAAAUCUGGCCACGAUCGGAGGCAAUCUGAGCUUGAAGCACCAGCAUCCGGAGUUCCCGUCGGACAUUUUCCUCCUUCUGGAAACUGUGGGCGCCUUCCUCACCAUCGUGGACAGCGACGGAGUGCACAGAGUCACUUCCGUGGAGGAAUUCAUGUUCAAGUCCAUGCGCAAACGAGUCAUCCUGAAAGUGAUUCUGCCCCCUCUGCAUCCGGACAAGUUCUGCCUGGCCACGUACAAGAUCAUGCCUCGGGCGCAGAACGCCCACGCGAUGGUCAACGCGGGAUUCCUCUUCAAGUUCAGCCCAGGAAGAAGCGUCGCUCAGUCGGCCAGAAUUUGCUUCGGCGGAAUCAACUCGAGGUUCAUUCACGCCUCGAAAACGGAGAAUCUCGUGAUGUCCAAGAGUCUGUUCUCCAAUGAGACCGUCGCUCUUCUCAUGGCUUCCUUGAACGAGGAGCUGAAGCUGGACUGGAUUCUUCCGGAUCCGUCGCCGAGGUAUCGGAAACUCCUCGCUUUGGGACUCUUUUACAAAGCCAUUCUGAGUGUGGCUCCUGUGGAGAGGGUCAGAGAAUGUGUGAGAAGUGGUGGUGAGGAGAUCUUCCGCGGAUUGUCAUCGGGGAAACAGGAAGUUACUGGCGCGGAAAACGCAAUGAUCAAACUCGAUGCCGAGAUUCAAUGCAGCGGAGAAGCAAAUUAUAUCAACGAUCUUCCCUGCAUGCCCGGCGAAGUUUGGGCAGCUUUCGUUCCUGCGACGGAAGUUUCUGCCAGAAUUCUGAGCAUUGACGCAUCAGAAGCUCUGAGGAUUCCUGGAGUUGUGGCUUUCUUCAGUGCAAAAGAUAUUCCUGGGGUUAAUAGCUACAUUACUGAAGUAUUCAUAGUGGUUUUAGAAAUACUUGGGCCGGAGGAAGUUUUCUGCAGCGGAAAAGUUCUAUUUCACAAUCAACCGGCAGGAAUUAUCCUAGCAGAAAAUAUGGAUCUCGCAAUCAAAGCUGCUAAAGCUGUUCAGAUCAACUACAGUCGACCGACUCAGAGAAAGCUCUUCUUAUCGGUUGAGGACGUUCUUGAUUCUGAAGAACAUGAGAGAAUCUCGACUUUUGAUACUCGACUUGAUCCUCAAAUGAUAGGAAAUGAAAUUUCUGCGACAAUAACAGGAAUUGUGAGAUUCUCAAAUCAGUAUCACUUCUAUUUGGAGCCUCAAACGACAGUUUGCGUGCCAAGAGAAUCUGGAAUUGAAGUUCAUUGUGCAACUCACUAUCUUCACUAUGUGCAAAUGGGAAUUUCUCAAGUUUGCAAUAUUCCUAUGAAUUCAAUAAGCAUGAAAUUAGAUCGAAUUGGAGGUGGAUUUGGCGGGAAGAAUACCAAACCAGCUCUCAUUGCAAGCGCUGCUGCCUUAGCAUGCAUUAAGCUUCGACGUCCUGUGCGAUUUAUCAUGUCCAUUGAAGAUAAUAUGCAAGUUAUUGGAAAGCGUUUUCCUUCUACUUGCCACUAUAAAAUCGAAGUGAAUGACAUCGGAAAGAUUCAGAAACUGGAAAAUACUCAAUACAUCAAUAUGGGAACAUCUUUAAAUGAAGUAUCUUUAAGAAGUAUAAUACUGGAUUAUUUUACAGUAUUGUACGAUAGUUCAACGUGGUCAAUUGAUUUCAAAGGUGUUCACACAGAUGUUCAUCCUCAUACGUGGUUUAGAGCUCCAGAUCGUUUAGAAGCAUACACAACAGCAGAAACUUUUAUGGAACAUAUAGCUAAGGAAUUACGAUUAGAUCCAGUGGAUGUUCGCUUAGCUAACUUACCCCAGGAGUCACCUAUGCGAACAAUUCUCCCAGAAUUCCUGAAGAAGUGCAACUACAGAACAAGAGAAGAACAUGUAUCACUAUUCAAUGCACAGAAUCGUUGGAGGAAAAGAGGAAUCGCCUUUGUCCCUAUGAAUUAUCCUGUACAGACUACUACUCGCUAUACGGUUUUCGUGGCAGUUUACGCGGUAGACGGAAGCGUUAGCGUCUGCCAUGGAGGAAUUGAGAUGGGACAAGGAAUUAACACAAAAGUAGUCCAGAUCGCUGCCCGAGCUUUAGGAAUUCCUGUGGAUACAGUGAAGAUUGAGGCUCCAAACACAUUUGUGAACGCCAACGGAAUGGUUACAGGCGGGUCUCAAACUACGGACAUCGUAGGAAAACUCGUUCUAGAAGCUUGCAAUAUAAUUUUGGAGCGCUUGAAGCCAGUUCGUGAGCAAAAACCCACAGCUUCUUGGCCUGAACUCGUGAAAACCGCCUAUGAAGAGAAUAUAUCGUUGACAGCAUAUGUAAAUGACGAUGAAUCUGAUCAACUGUCCUAUAACGUUUGGGGUGUUUCCUGUGCAGAAGUGGAAGUCGAUAUGCUAACAGGAGACUUCCUGUUACGUAGAGUGGACAUAAGCCAAGAUGUUGGCGAGAGUCUGAAUCCGGCAAUCGACAUAGGUCAGAUUGAAGGCGCUUUCGUGAUGGGCUUGGGUUAUUGGCUACAGGAGAAGAUCAUCUAUCAUCCGGGCUCUGGAGAGAUUGUGACGAAUAGAACGUGGAACUACAAGCCACCAGGCGCCAAGGACAUUCCAGUGGACUUCAGGGUGUCUUUCAUGAACAGGAAGAAUUUACCGACUGGAAUUCUGGGCGCCAAAGGUGUUGGAGAACCUUCCAUAUGUUUAUCACUAUCGGCUAUUUUCGCUCUGAGAAAUGCAAUUGAAUCUGCGAGGAAAGACGCUGGCUUAGAACAUUGCUUUAUUCAAAUGGACGCACCGACAACUAAAGAAGAUAUUCUAUUACUUUCUGGGACCAAUUCAAAGCAAUUUCAACUGUGAACUUGACUAUGAAUAGCAAAAAUAGUUAAUAAAAAAAUAGAAUUUACUAUAAUAAAUAAUAUUGUGUGAUAGAUAUAUUUUUAUGAAUGGUUUCGCUUCAAUAGUUAUAGUUUACACGAGUA